GGGUUCAAGAAGUAAAUAUAACGGCAAAAUAUACUUUUUGAUUCAACAUGAAUAGUGAUUAUUAUUCCACCGUAUAUACAUGGUUUGAAAAGUGUGGGAUUGUAUCUAAUAUCAGGACACAUCUGCGGCAGAACUUGGUGAACGCUUUGAAGCGCAAGGAUCUGAGGCUGUGUAAGAAUAUAGAGGCAAGAUCAGCGAAACAGUACGUUUAUGAUAUGUUAAUAGCCGAGUAUCUGUUUAGUCACAAUUACUCCUUCACCCUGUCGAUAUUUGCUAGCGAAGUUCCACUUUUAGUAAACUUUUGCAAUAGUGCGCCACAGUGUUCCUUUGACAAGGAUGACAGAGGCGGUGGCAGUGGGCAUAAUAAGUUGCAAAGUGAUUAUAUAGCACACACUCUGGAAACUUUAGGUAUUCAUCCUAACAGUUCCGAAGGCCAAUAUAUUAUAUCAAAUUAUAUGAAUAGUGAAACACCAUUAUUAUUAUCCAUCCUGAGCUCAAUAGCCUCGCUUGUUGCUAACACUCAGUCAUCAACUGCAAGGACUAUGUAUGACAGAGAGACACAAGCUAAUUUAACUUUGGAAGCAAAUCUUUUAGACACAACAAAAAUAGAGGCAAUGAGGAAAAAAAUUAUGCAACAGAAACAACUAUAUGAUGACGAGUUAAAGACAAAGGAAAGCAAAUUGAAGCAGCAAGCCACAGUUAUAAAGCAUCAACUUGGUUCAUUGAAUGCAAAAGUGGAAGAAGCUCAGAAUUUAAUGCAAUCUUUAACCCUGAAAGAAAAAGAACUGAAUGAAAAGAAAAACAGCAAUGCACAAUGUAUCCUGCAAAAGGAAAUGGAACUAUCCAUGAAACAAAAUUUCUUAACACAAGAAGCUAAUAGAUUGCAGAGAGAACGAGAUAGUUACAAGAAAUUCGAGAAUGGCUUGAAGAAACUGCAACGAGAGCUCGUUAAAAUGCAAAAGGAAAUGUCACAAGGUACAUCAAAUCAAUGCGCUCAAAGCAAUUUCAGGGAUAUUCAUGUACAAACUGAUAGGGAGAGUCGUACCAUAAUGGACAAAUGCAGAAUUCUACAAAGGGAAAAAUUGAAGCUAACAAAUCUCGUGGAAGUGCAACGAUCAAUGAUAGAACAGAUUACGCAGCGCAGCGUCCAGUUAUCACACCAAUUGGAGGAAAUUCGUUUAUUACAACCGAUCAAAACGCCCGUUUCUGUGACUCAAAUUACCACCGCAAUUGUCAGUGAGAAUAGUUCUACCGACGAUAUUCUUCAGGACGCUAAGACGCGGCUAAAGCGGUUGGAAGAAGAGAGUUCCAAAGCCGAUCAGUAUUUCUGUACUUUCGUCAACACCUCUUCGUAGCAAAUAAGACAUUCCAAAAUAUUAUUUAUUAUCGUUAUCGCAUGCACAAUAAUCAAGCUUGCAAAUUACACUUGACGCACAUGCAAAGGUUAUGGUUUCUUCAGUCUUAAAAGACUGAAUUAAAACAUACAUUAAAAAGUAUUGGACAUUUAGAUUUAUUAAUUUUAAUUUAUUUUAUGAAAUUGGAU